GCAUUUCAAACACAUAACGCACGAAACCACAACAUAGUCUCGGUUUUCUCUAAUCACAUUAAUUAAUAUCUUUAUUUCAUGCUUGAAAUAGAGAAAUCAUGAAGUCAGGGAAAUUGGGAUUCUUUGUUGUUCUACUCUUAUUGAGUUCCUCUACUUGUUUAGCUUGGUUUGGUAGUAGUAGUAGUAAACCCAAAAUUUCAAGUUCAAGUUCAAAUGGAAGAAACUCCAUUCUUUCAUAUGAACAGCCUUCAUCAUCGUCGUCGUCAUCAUCGCCUUCAUUCUUGAACCGCUUUCGUUCUGGUUCAUCGGUUGUGUUCCCGGUUCAUGGAAAUGUUUACCCUGUUGGGUUUUAUAAUGUGACUAUCAACAUUGGGUACCCACCAAGGCCAUAUUUUCUUGAUAUUGACACUGGUAGCGACCUAACAUGGCUUCAAUGUGAUGCACCUUGUUCCCGUUGCUCUCAGACACCACAUCCACUUUACCGGCCUAGCAAUGACUUGGUCCCCUGCAGGCAUCCCCUUUGUGCAUCGGUGCAUCAGACGGAUAACUAUGAAUGUGAAGUCGAGCAUCAAUGUGACUAUGAAGUUGAGUAUGCAGAUCAUUACUCUUCUCUUGGUGUACUUGUCAAUGAUGUUUAUGUUCUCAACUUUACAAAUGGAGUCCAGCUUAAAGUUCGUAUGGCACUUGGAUGCGGAUAUGAUCAGAUUUUUCCAGAUUCUUCCUACCACCCCGUAGAUGGAAUGCUUGGCCUUGGCAGGGGCAAAUCCAGCUUGAUAUCACAACUGAAUGGUCAGGGUUUGGUGAGAAAUGUCGUUGGACACUGUUUGAGUGCACAAGGAGGAGGAUACAUCUUCUUUGGAGAUGUUUAUGAUUCUUCUCGAUUGGCUUGGACUCCAAUGUCGUCGAGAGAUUACAAACAUUACUCAGCUGGGGCUGCUGAACUUGUUCUUGGAGGAAAGAGGACUGGUUUUGGAAAUCUUCUUGCUGUUUUUGAUGCUGGGAGUUCUUAUACUUACUUCAACUCUAAUGCUUAUCAAGCACUAAUUUCUUGGUUGACGAAGGAAUUAGCUGGAAAGCCCAUAAAAGAAGCACCUGAAGACCAAACUCUUCCUCUGUGUUGGUAUGGAAAAAGACCUUUUAGAAGUGUAUAUGAAGUCAAAAAAUACUUCAAGCCUAUUGCACUUAGCUUCCCAGGAAGUAGAAGAUCGAAAGCCCAAUUUGAAAUCCCUCCUGAAGCAUAUUUGAUUAUAUCUAACAUGGGAAAUGUUUGCUUGGGCAUUCUAGACGGCUCUGAAGUAGGAGUGGAAGAUCUAAACCUAAUCGGAGACAUAUCCAUGCUAGACAAAGUGAUGGUAUUUGACAAUGAGAAGCAGUUGAUAGGUUGGACAGCAGCAGAUUGUAACCGAGUUCCAAAAUCCAAAGAUGUCAGCAUUUGAUUGCGAAAGAUACAUCAGCCACUCAGUUUACAUCUGCUAUUAUCCCACUUUAUAGAACAUGAUAUAUGGUUGUAUGAAUGGAAUGUUAAUAUGCUUCUAAAGAUAUCAUUGUGCAUAGUAUA